GCGGAGAGCCUCGCGGGGGCGGGCGGAGACUAACUACAUCCCCACGUCCAACGGGGACUGCUACGCGGAGAAGGAUGACCUGGAGGAGGUGAGCCUCUCGGCGGUGCGGAAUGCAGAGGCGCGACGGCGCCCGCCCCCGGGACUGGCGCGAGAGAACGUGUACAGGCUUCGGGCGGGGCCGACCCAGCAAGAGUUGGACGACGCCCUCGACCAGUCGGAGGUGCUUGAGCGGGCGGUGUGUCGUGGGCGGAAGGCGGCGGCAGGCCGCGACCCGGCGGCGACCUGGCCUGGGGGCCACCUCGAGCGGCUCCCUAUCCAGCCGGCGGCGGCGGCAAGGGGGGCAGGGCCCCCCGAAGGCGCGGCGGCGGUGGGGGGCUUGGCGGCUGGGGGAGGGGGCGAGGCAUUGGCGGUUGGGGGACCUCGGCGAGCUGGAGAACCAGCUGGAGGCGGGGCUACAGGCGGCAGCGGCGAAGGAGAGGGCCGCGGAGGCCCGACCCUGGAGAGGGUGGCGGUGGCGGCGCGUGGGCAGUACCAUAGAGGAGAUGAGGUGCUGCUCCCCGCGGCCGCGGUGACCUUGGGCGACGUCGCGCUGACGCCGACGGGCACUGGCAGGAGCUCGUGCCUGCGACGGCUGAGGCGCCAGGACGUGAUGAGCUGGAUCGGGUCAGAUGCGGCUGGAGACGCGCUGGCCAUGAACGUGGACCUAAGCGGAGGUGGACGGAGGAGUACCCCGUGGCGCGACGUGGUGAGCAUGUCGAGCGAGGCUGACUUCGCCGACUGGCCGAUGGUCGGCCCGAGGACGACCGAGUGGUGGGUGAUGGUCUUGAACCGACGAGGAGGAGGACGGACGGGCUACCACAGGUACUUCACGGUGCUGCUCGGCGUGGAGACGGGCGACUGGGGUGUGGACACGCAUCGCAAGUGCUUCGCGUCGGUGGAGGAGGCCGGGACUCGCGACCACCUGGAGCUCUGCAACCCUGAUAGCUUCGAAGUCCUGGACAGCCAGGCCCAGCUGUUAGAGUACGCGUACGAGCACGAGAGGGAGGUAAACAUCAUGAAGCAGGUGAGGGAGGCGCGAGAGGAGCGCCUGUCCUUCACCAUCAUCAAGAAGAAGGAUGGAGUGUCCGAGGCGAUCGCCACCCUCAACGAGCUGCACGGGGCCAGGGAGGACCUCGGCAGCACUAAUUUGCGCCCGAGUGCGGCGCAGCAGUCCUGCUUGGCGCGCAUCGAGCAAGCCCACCGCGAACUCGGUUCGCCGCCGGCUGACUUGCACGGACAGGGAGCCCUGGAGGAGCUCCUGUCGAAGCAGAGCUACGGCGGCGUUGCUGGAGCUGUUGCCCCCCUCGAGGUGGGGCGGGUAGCCUUGCCCAGUCUCCAGCGUCGGCCCGCGCGCAUCGAGGGCGUCGGGGGCUCGGCGGGCGCGAAGGUUCUCGAGGCUCUCAAGAGCUUGGUUCGGGCGCCCGAGGAGGGGGCGGCUGAGGAGGGGCGUCAGCAGUUGCGCCGUGCCUACAACGACCCGAUCGUGCGCCAGAAGCCAAAGGAGCAUGCGAAGCUCCUUAGACGGUUGCACGAGCGGGGCAUCAUCGAGCACAGGCGCAGCUGCAAGAAAAGCGCCGGCGACAGUUUUGGACGGCUUGAGGUCGAGGGGACUGGGCCUGUGUACGUGUCGGGCGUGGACAUCGAGGUGGCCUUUUACUCGAUUGGCCUGCCCGAGGAGCUGCGCGAGUACUUCGGGAUGGAGCCCGUGUGCGCUGGAGCUGUCGGAGUUCGAUGGCUUGAAGGCGAACGCGUGCAUCCUGGAGUACGUGUCGUGCAGGUGCUGAGCGUGUUGCCCAUGGGCUUCAAGGGGGCGCUGUACGUUUGCCAGGCGCUCCAUGAGGCGGUGGCCGAGAGGGUCGCCGGCGUGGAUGCGGACAACAGACUGGUGGGCGGGCGGCCUGCCCCUUCAGUGGCUCAGGGCUGCGCCCACACCGAGUACGUGGACAACUUCGUGGCGCUCGGGAUGGACGGGGAAGAGGGCCGCCGGCUGGCCACUGAGGUUGGCGCCGCUCUCGAAGCCGAUGGGCUUGGCGUGCGCCCAGUGACCUGUAGCCGAGGCGGAGAUACGCUCGGCUGGCACUUUGGCGAUUUGCGGCCUGCG